AAUUCUAAGUCUUAUGUAAACAAUCGGCUGCAGUCAUGGUGAUAAAACACCAAAGCCGAUGUGGUCGUCGGCAGUUAUUAUUUUACACAAUUCCGAACAUGAAGCCGUUUCCUGUGUUCCAAGUAUUGCUAAUCAUUUUGAUAUUCAAACGAAGCAUCGUUUCCGCACAAAUUUGGUCUUAUGCUCCUCGCCCCUGUAGCGGAAUCGCGAAUGGUAUUGUUUCAGAUCCCACCGACUGCCGAAAAUACUACGUAUGCAGCGAUUCGAAAGCCACUCAAAAUACGUGUCCACCAGAAUUUGUGUUUCAACCGAACGUUUCUUUCUGCGAAGAACGAUUUCAGUUCCAAAGUUUGACGAUCCAGGAUUCCUCUCGGUCGGAUUCUGUGUCCAAAUUGAGCCUUCGUCCUUCCGUUGAACAGCUGUCAUGUCCGUGCUUUUCGUGUCCCGCAAGUUCUGUUUACCGACCAAGUGUAUCUCUCUGCGUUCCUAGGACGCAGUAUCGCUGUCCGAACAUAGAAACGAUUCCGUCAACGACAGCUAGACCGGAUACUACAUCGCUUUCCAAUCCCAGCACGGAACAACCAUCGACACCACCCGAGUGUCCGGAAACACCAUGGGAAACGUUUUUCUGCCGAAAUCACAUUUCCGCUUUUAUCGGAAACCCAUUCAACUGCACCCAGUACAUAAACUGUGAAAGUUCGCCGCCUCGAAACCAAGAAUGUGCUCCGAAUCGAGUUUUUAAUCUGCGCCUCCAGGACUGCAUCCCUGGGAAUACGCGAACCUGCGCGAUUGAUUCAGUGGAGCCAAACUUUUGCAACGAUAGGCCCAACGGCAACUACCCACAUCCGUUUGAGUGCAACCGUUUCGUUACCUGUUUUCGUGGAGAGCUUCGGGUGGAAACCUGUCCUCGCUUUUAUUUGUUUGACAGCGUAGCGCAGAGAUGCACCAAGGGCGAUGUGAUUCAGUGUUCUUCACUGGUCAGAUGAUGCAGAUAAAUUCAGUUGGGUUUAUUAAAUGAAGAAUAAAAUUAUUCUUUUAUUACAUAAAUCAAUACAGUUCAACUAGUUAAAUCUAAUAAUAAAUUUGUUUAGUUUUGAAAACUUUAGAAAUAUUUUUAAUUUGUUAGUUUCGAAAAUAUAGAUGUAGUUUAACACUUUAACACGAUCUAAUUUAAAAAUAGUUUUAGCCACAUGGGUUAGCACAAUUUCGACAGUUAAUCCAGCAAAAGGUUAGUGGUCACCGUAGUUGAAUUGUAGGUGUGACCCUAAUACUGCAGGAUCAGAAAACAUUUUUCAUAUAUAAAUCCACGUUUUAAAAAAAUAAAAUU